AUGGAGGAUUUACAACUCGACUUCUCAGGUAAAAAAUCCUUUUGUAUAUUUGUAUGGGAAUAGUGCAACGAGCUGACUGCUCGGCCUCUGAAGAAAUUGCCUCAUGCAGAUUCCGGAAUCCGGGAAAUUUCUGCUGGUGGAAUCCGGAAUCCGGAAUCCAAGUUCCAGUGACUAAGAAUUCGGAAUCCAGUAGCUCCGGAAUCCACAACGUGGAAUUCAGAAUAUAAUCCAAGACUGUCUUUGAUCGCCUUACACUGGGGUGAAAGAAAUGUUCACGUUCUUGAUUGGUUUACAGAACAGGAAUCUUUUCCUUAUUAUCUUCGCUUGACAUUUUUAGCCUAACUAAUUAUCUAAUAAUAUAUAUGUUAUUCAGCGGCUGGGAGGUCCGUAUUGGGAGAAACUGUGCCCGAGGUUUUGAGUACCGCCCGAGGGCACAGUUUCUCCCAUUAAGUACCGACCUAGGCCGGUGAAAAGCAUUUUUAUUUUUUUCCUACUGAGAUUUAAAAUUUUCAAAAAAAUUUUACUUCACUCUCCAACCUAUAUGUGUUGAAGUAGGACGAGUUCGUUGAUGAAGCGUGCGAUCGAUUGCAAACCAAAACAAAACAUUGCAACACGAUUUUUAGCUCGGUAAUUUAUAUUAUGGCAUUUUAUACUGCUCUCUUUUAGAAUAAAGAAAGGAUUUUGUGUCUUGCUAGACAAUUCAGGCUAAGUGUCAAACAAGGAUAAAAGAAUUGACGAGCUUGAUAUUAAAAGCCCCAGGAAAAAAAAGCAAGGAUUUUCUUCGGCUUAAUAAAUUCAAAAAUUGCUUAAGAUAAUUAGUUCAAUCGAGCAGGAUGAAAACUGCACAAAGGACCUAAUUGCACCUACCAGUUUAAAGGUUUUGAAUUGAAUUCGAAUAAAAGAAGGCGAUUUGAGUAACAAGUUAUUGAAAGAAAUGAAAACUACGGUAAUGGACUGCUGAAAAAUUGAUUCGUGUUGUUUAUUUAAGAAUGGAAGCUAAAUGCAAUCAUUGACAACAACCUUUUCUGAUAAGUAGAAAACUAGUGAGGCAAAAUUCAAUGAAAAAAGAUACAAUGUAGAUUCAUACAGGAAAAAUGGAAAACAAAACUACAAACAGAGCAAACAUGUCCAAUAAACGGUGCAUAAAAGCAAGAUUGCAGAACUUACAGCGCGGUUAUAAAGCUAGUGAAGCGACUUCACGAGCCACCUGUUUUGCCUUCUUUAGCGAUUUUCGUGGCUGACUUGCUUGAUUCUCCAUUCAGAUUUUUUGUCUGAAUACCAAAAUUCAAUUUUCCCUAACUAAUGCUAAUAACAAUGUAAGUUUUAAGAGAAAAAUGGUUUGAAAAUGACGGUUUUUUCUCGUUCACAAACAACAAACAAACUUGUAAAUGAAACUGCCAACGAUUCCGCCCGGGUUAAGGGGGGUUAGCGGGCAAGAUCGUAAAAUGCCGCCUGCUCUUGGAACCAAUCAGAUUGCAGGAUUUGGAGGAUUCCGCCCGCUCGCAAGCUUGGAAAAAAAUAAAUUAUAAAAUUUACUGUAGCUCUUUCAUUGAUUUUGCCUCUCAGUUUACUUCGUUAUUAUAAUUUUUCGAGGGAGCCUAUUCCUUUUAAUCCUGGUGGUUUCCUUUGGGCUUCCUCGCCAUUAGCUUUUUAAUAUUUAGAACUUCUUCUGCUUUGCAUAUCUUAUGGCAAAGCCAUAAACUUGACUCUUAAACUUGACACCUAUGUCAUAAGGUUUAAGCUGCGAUGGCGGAUUAAGCAUUGACGCAAAUCUAGAGCUUAACCUGGGAGGCGACACUGGUGGAAUUGCUUUGGGUCAGAUUCAGUUUCCUAAUCGACAAGCAAGGCAGAUACUGUUUGGAACUUCUCAGGCUCGACCGAACCUUGAUGGUGUUGUGUUGGCACAACCUGGCGUCCAACUUCUAGGCACAUCUCAGGCUCGACCAAACCUUGGUGGUGUUGUAUUGGCACAACCUGGCGUCCAACUUCAAGGCACAUCUCAGGCUCGACCGAACCUUGAUGGUGUUGUAUUGGCACAGCCUGGCGUCCCACUUCAAGGAAAUUCUCAGGCUCUACCGAACUUUGGUGGUGUUGUGUUGGCACAGUCUGGCGUCCCACUUCAUACAGCACCACCUACUGGUCAACAAUCAGUCCAAGCUUCUACUACGUCAUAUACCAAUGUAAGACUAUGUCUUAACACCAUUGUAACGUUUUUUAAUGCGCCAACAGGCAAAAAAAUAAAGAUUAUCACAAGCUGGAGAAAUAAGGUACUCUUUCCCAAUGUUCAUCGAAAUGUCGAUGCACUGAUGACACACGCUUCUUGUAUUAUUUGGCCUUAAUGUUUUUACUUGCGGCCGGAGUAAACAUCGGCUAACCGCCGUAAAAAGUAAAAGGCUUGAGCAGUAGUUACAUCUCACCUACCAUGAAGUUAAGAAAUAGGGAGGGAUAUUCUUUUUAAAAAAAAGGUACCUAGUUGUGCCAAUCUUUUCAUUUUUCACGGAAUCUACUCGGAGUAAAAACUUUAUUUUCAUUAAAAGCACACGAAUUUAACUGAUUUUGAUAAAUAUCCCUCUGACUCAAGUGGUAUUUUUCGCGUCUUUGCGUUAAACUUCCUAACAGAUAUUUUUUCUUAAAUCAAAAGCUCAUUGAUUAUGUUCAAACCUUAAUGGAUCUUAAUGAUAGAUUGCACAGUGAUAAAACAAUGUUUAACUUUUGUACUUUGCUUUGUGGCAAUUAUGAUAGCACGGUUACCAAGUUCAACCGCCUCCGUACCAUGCCCCACCUGUCACCCUUCAGCAACCUCCUUACAGUGGUGCAGCAACUAUAAUUACUACACCAAAUGGGCCACCUGUGCCACAAGUGACUCACAUGCAUAA